AUGGCGAGAUUUCCAUUGACAACAGUGGUAGGUAUCACGGUAUUAAGCUUCAUCCUGGCUCUUUCAUUUCUACCUCAAGCGGCACAAGCAACGGCAUUGACCUAUAAGGUUGGCUCCAAAGAAAAAGCAUGCUUCUAUGUAUGGAAUGACAAGCCAGGCAAGAAAGUAGGCUUCUAUUUUGCAGUACAACAAGGUGGCGCAUUCGACAUUGAUUUCGAUAUUCUCGAUCCCAAAGGAGAAUCCGUUUUGAAAGGACAAGAAGAAAAGCAAGGCGACUAUGUGUUUUCUGCGGGCCUCGUCGGCGAGUACUCAUUUUGUUUCUCCAACACCAUGUCUACAUGGGCAGACAAAUUGCUUGAUUUGGAAAUUAGCAUAGAAAAUGAGCAGGCAUUUGUACACUAUCAAGCGAGCAGCAACGAUAAAGACAAGCCAGCCAAGGUAACUGAAAUUGAGAAAUCGCUGGCAAGGAUUGCCAGUUCGGUGACCAAGAUUAUUCGCAAGCAAAAGUACUUGCGUACAAGAGAGAAUCGUGAUUUUGCUACAGUGACAUCUACAGAGAGUCGCAUCUUUUGGUUUGCCUCUUUGGAGAGUUGUGCUAUUGUAGCCAUGGCAUGCUUGCAAGUACAUGUUGUCAAGCGUUUCUUUAGCGUCAAACGAGGUGGCGUUUAA